AUGGAGGGCGCGCGCGUGUACAUUCCCGACGAGAAGUUUGUCUGGGUACCAGCUACAAUCCUCUCGGUCAACGAGUGCGGCAACGUCUUCCGCGUCCGGGUGCAACCAUUGCGCGGCAGCUCCGAUGCGCCCGUUGACGAGCGCACCGUCGACCUCACCCACGACGGCAUGCCCGACUCGUUGCCGCUCCAGAACGAAGCCAGCUCGGACCUGACGAGCGCUGGCGCCGAAGACAUGUGCGCGCUCGGGCAUCUCCACGAGCCCGCGAUCGUCUACAACGUGCGCGCGCGCUUCUUUGCCAACGAGCCGUACACGUACACGGGGAAGAUCGUCGUGGCGUUGAACCCGUACCAGUGGAUCAAGAGCCUCUAUACGAACGAGCUCCGGGAUCUGUACACGGAACGCCCAUGGGACGUGAUGCCGCCACACGUGUAUGCGACAAGCGCCGAGGCGUUUCACCACAUGAACCAGCACCGUCUGCCCCAGAGCAUCCUCGUGAGUGGCGAGUCGGGGGCAGGCAAGACCGAGACCGUCAAGAUCAUGAUGGAGCACUUGGCGAGUAUCUCCAUGGCGAUCGCCAAGCGCUUGCCACCGGUCGAGAGCGGCGAAGCAGUCGUGGUCGAGAAGGUGCUCAAGAGCAACCCGUUGCUGGAGGCGUUUGGCAACGCCAAGACGAUCCGCAACGACAACUCGAGCCGCUUUGGCAAGUUCACGCAGCUCCAGUUCAAUAGCGACUCGUGUCUCGUGGGCGCCGAGUGUCGUCACUAUUUGCUGGAAAAGUCGCGCGUUGUAGCGCAAGCGGCAGGCGAGCGGAACUACCACAUUUUCUAUCAGUUGGUGAGUGCCAAGGAGCCGGCGCUUGGCUUUGACGCGAACACGUCAGCCAAGCAGUUUCGCUUCUUGCAGGACGAAGUGCUCACGCUGGACGGCAUGACAGACUUGGAGCGGUACCAAGUCACGCGGGACGCUCUCACGACGAUUGGCGUGAGUGACAAGGAGCAGACGGAGCUCUUUCGCGCGCUGUGCGGGAUCCUGCGGCUCGGGCAGCUCGACUUUGUCCCGCUCGACUCGAACAAGGACGACGCGAGUCAAGCGGUGGCGUUUGUCGCGUCGUCCGCGACGAUUACGGACGAGCAGAUUGCGCUGCAGAAGAUUGAGAUGGAGCAGUGUGCGCAGCUCUUGGGCGUGGAGAUGGCAGCGCUGGGCGCACAGCUCUGUAGUCGCACGGUCAAGGCCCGUCAGGAAGUCUAUUGCGUGCCCUUGUCAGCUCAUCAAGCUGGCAACAAUCGCGAUGCCCUGGCAAAAGAAAUUUACGCGCGAGUGUUCGGCUAUUUGGUACGUCGCGUGAACCACAGCAUUUCGAACUCGACAGCGGUCACGCCAUCGUACCUACACAUUGAUUUGCUGGAUAUCUUCGGUUUUGAGUCAUUCGAGCACAACAGUUUUGAGCAAUUUUGCAUCAAUUUUGCGAACGAAAAGCUGCAGCAGAAGUUUACGAUGGAUGUCUUCAAAACAGUGCAAGAGGAGUAUCAGCAAGAGGGCGUGGCGUGGGAGUUUGUCAAGUACCGAGACAAUCAGGAUAUGCUGGACCUCUUGGAGAACUCAAUGGGCGUCAUGGCGCUGCUUAACGAGGAAUGUGUACGUCCAAUGGGCAGCGAUCUGUCAUUUGUUUCCAAGCUGGUGUCACUGCGUGAGUCGCACCCCCGCCUUGAGAGAGCUCGUCUGAGUCAAAUGCACUUUUUGCUAUACCACUAUGCGAGUCCUGUGACAUACGAUGCAAAGGGCUUUGUCGAGAAGAACAAGGACUCCUCCAGACGGAUUUAUUAG